CUGUUUAUGGAAAAGCAAAAAAUAGGAGAAGGGCAUAAAUACUAAAGGAUUAUCCCUUUCAAAUGAUGGUAUUCUUGCCCCUCAUUCUGAAACAAGAAAACAAGCUUGUUUUUUGUUAAAUACUUGUUUUACAUUUUAACAUGUUCUUAGGAUGAGAUGAAGUCAAAUAUAGAGAUCAGAAAGGUGCUUGAUAUUACUGCACAGUUUGACUUGAGACAAGCUACACAUUGCCGCAUGCCAUGUGAGUAACUGCCGAAUUUGUCAGUUAGGAGCAAGCUGUGGAGUGUAGAGGAGUUUGCAGCCAGAGCUUAGAGAAGAUUUUGGAUAAUUUGGAUUUCAGGAGAGGAGAGUUUGGUGAUAGAUUUCAGGAGAAGAGAGUUUGGAGGUAGAUUUCAGGAGAGGAGAGCUUGAAGGUAGAUUGUAGGAGUGUUUGAAGACAGAAGAAGGGAGUUUGGAGGCAGAUAUCUGGAGAGGAGAGUUUGGAGGUAGAUUUCAGGAGAGGAGAGAAGAGUUUGGAGGUAGAUUUCAGGAGAGGAGUGUUUGGAGGCAGGAUUCAGGAGAGGAGAGUUUGGAGGCAGAUUUCAGGAGAGGUUUGUUUGGAGAUAGAUUUCAGGAGAGGAGAGGAUAAUUUGGAGGUAGAUUUCAGGAGAGGUGAAUUGAGCAACUGCCGUUUUUGUCAGUUAGGAGCCAGCAGUAGAGUAUAGGAGAGUUUAUAGCCAGCGCUUAGAGAAGAUAUUUAGGAUCAUUCGGAUUUUAGGAGAGAAGAGUUUGGAGUUAGAAUUUAGGAGAAGAGAGUUUGGAGGCAGAUUGUCGGAGAGUUUGGAGGCAGUUUUCAGGAGAGGAGUUUGGAGGUAGAUUUCAGGAAAGGAGAGUUUGGAGUUAGAUUUCAGGAGAGGGAGGAGAGUUUGGAGUUAGAUUUCAGAAAAGGAGCAUUUGGAGGUUGAUUUAAAGAGAGGAUUUGAGGAGAGGGAGGUUUGAGGAGAGGAGAGUUUGGAGGUUGAUUUAAGGAGAGGAUUUGAGGAGAGGUGAGUUUGGAGGAAGAUUUCAGGAACGGAGAGUUUGGUGGUUGAUUUAAGGAGAGGAGAGGUGAGUUUGGAGGUAAAUUUGAGAAGAGGAGGGUUUGGAGGUUGAUUUAAGGAGAGGAUUUGAGGAGAGGUGUGUAGAUUUCAGGAGAAGAUAGUUUGGAGGUAGAUUUCAGGAGAGGAGAGUUUGCAAGUAGAUUUCAGGAGAAGGAGGACAGGCGAGUUUGGAGAUACAGUAGACUUCAGGUGGGGAUUUCAGGAGAAGAUUUAAGGAGAGUUUGUGGGUUGAUUUCAGGAGAGGAGAAUUUGGAGGUAGAUAUAAGGAGAGGAAGGUUUGGUGGCAGAUUCCAGGAGAAAAGAGUUUAGAGGUAGAUUUCAAAAGAAGAUAGUUUGGAGCAGUGGAAUUUAUAAAUUGUAGUUGCGUCCAAUACACUACAGAACUAAAAUGGCACACAACACAUUAGAGAUUAGCAGCAAGAAAAGACAGCUUCAAAGUAAAGAAGAAAUAGAAAAUAAGAAAAAAAUCCGCCUUGAAGACAGUAAGAAGACACCCGAAGAGAGUAAAGACCACAGACACAAAAAGAAGAAAAUAAAAUGCAAAAGUUCAGAGGAAGAUGCUGCAGAGAGAAGUGGCCACGAAGCAAAGAAGAUACAACUCCGACUAGAGGAAGAAAAUGAAAAGGGAAUCGGUGCUGAAGACAUCAAGAAGACAGCUGCACACAGACAUAGCACACAUAGGAAGAAUAGAGACCAUGAAGACUUGAAGAAGACAAAAAGAUCAAGAAGUCCAGAUGAGGACAUAGCAGGUCCAACUGAACAGAAGAAGCCUCGUAUAGAAGCUCCAAGACCACCUCACCUGGACAUAAAGAACUACACCUUCCAUACACAGCUGGGGAGUGGUGGCUAUGGCAGGGUGAUGCUGGCUUCUUUUCCGGGCAAAGAUAAACCUGUGGCCGUUAAGAUCAUUGCUAAAAAGCAAAAUGAAAAGGACCAAGCCAUCUUAAAAGAAGUUUGCAUAAUGAAGCUAGCAACCAAAUGUGAUUUCAUUUGUCCAGCAUUCGCAGCUUUUCAAUCUCAGGUUCAAGCUUUUAUCGUAAUGGAGCAUGCCAGCGGGGGAACUCUUCUGAAACAGAUCCGUAGUCAAGGAAAUCUGACUCAACGCAGAAUAUUGUUCUACUCAGCAGAGAUGGUAGUCGGCCUUCAGUUUCUGCAUGCCAAUGGAAUCAUUCAUCGUGACUUCAAACCGGACAACGUUCUUCUGGAUGAUGAAGGCCAUGUUAAGAUCUGUGAUUUUGGCCUCUCUGUAGAAAACAUGUUUGGUCCCAAAACCCACAGUGGAGGUGCAGGAACAUUUGGAUUCCGGGCCCCAGAAGUUAUGUCACAGAUGGAUUACAACGCGGGAGCAGACUGGUGGUCUUUCGGUGUCACCUUAUAUGAGAUGGCCACUGGCAACUUGCCAUAUUCUGCAAAAGGCAACACAAAAGAACAGCUUCAUCAGGUUCUACAAAGGCAGCCCUAUUAUCCAUCAUAUCUCUGCCCAGAAUUGCAAGAUCUUUUGUGCAAGCUACUGAAGAACGAGCCUGACCAGCGUCUUGGGGUAAACGGAAACAUCAGAGAACAUCCAUUCUUUGCAUGCCUCGAUUGGGAAGAAGUGGAACAACGUAGACUAGAGCCACCUUUCAAGCCAAAAGUUCGACCUAUUGAAUAUUAUGGAGAAAAGAAAAUCGAAUUUCCAACUGGUGACUCCAGCGAGAGCCGAAUGCUUGAAGAUUUUUCUUUCCUUGAUCCCAACUGGCAGGAGUGAAGCAGUUCUGUGUUGCCAAGUUAGUAACAUGGUGAAACCUGUAACAUCUAAUCACAGCGGAUAGAGUUAGAACAUCGAUUCCUCAUCAAGUCUUUAUCUGUUAGUUAUAGUUUAAAGUAGUUAAAACUAUAGUUAAAAUUAUAGAUUUAAAUAAAAAUACUUAUCCACCACCAUCAUCACCACCAUCAUCACCACCAUAAAAUAAACAUGGUUGAUCCAGGGACCAAGUCCGAUUGCCGUUUUGGAGUCAGGAAGGAAUUUUUUUUCCCCUUUGGGGCCAUGGCUUCAGAGGGGAUUUUUUCGCCUUCCUCUAGAUCAACUAGUGGAUAGGGAACUAUAGCAGCAAUUUAUUAAAAAUCUUUUAUUGCCACCUA